GCGCGUGUUGACAGCGGCGGCGGCAGAGCCGGGCGGACGGCGGGAGUCGGCGCCUGUGGUUCCUGCCCCUGGUCCCGAGGCGGUGGCGGACCGGCGUCCCGGGAUGGCCUUCAUGGAGAAGCCGCCGGCCGGCAAGGUGCUGCUGGACGACACGGUGCCGCUGACAGCAGCCAUCGAGGCGAGCCAGAGCCUGCAGUCCCACACGGAAUAUAUCAUUCGGGUGCAAAGAGGAAUUUCUGUAGAAAACAGCUGGCAGGUUGUUAGGAGAUACAGCGACUUUGAUUUGCUGAACAACAGCUUGCAGAUUGCAGGCCUAUGUCUACCUCUUCCUCCCAAAAAAUUGAUUGGUAACAUGGAUCGUGAAUUCAUAGCCGAGAGACAGAAAGGUCUUCAGAACUAUCUCAACGUUAUCACCACAAAUCAUAUCUUGUCUAAUUGUGAGCUGGUUAAGAAGUUUUUAGAUCCAAACAACUAUUCUGCAAACUACACUGAGAUCGCCUUACAACAGGUUUCCAUGUUCUUCAGAUCAGAACCCAAGUGGGAGGUGGUAGAACCAUUGAAAGACAUAGGUUGGAGGAUAAGGAAGAAAUACUUCUUGAUGAAGAUUAAAAAUCAGCCAAAGGAACGGCUAGUAUUAAGCUGGGCUGACCUUGGCCCUGACAAGUAUCUGCCAGAUAAAGAUUUUCAGUGUCUAAUCAAACUCCUGCCUUCCUGUUCGCACCCUUAUAUCUAUCGGGUUACCUUUGCCACAGCUAAUGAAUCCUCAGCAUUGCUUAUUAGGAUGUUUAAUGAAAAAGGAACUUUGAAGGACCUGAUCUACAAGUCAAAACCAAAAGACCCAUUCUUAAAGAAGUACUGCAACCCUAAGAAGAUCCAGGGCCUUGAACUCCAGCAAAUAAAAACAUACGGGCGGCAAAUACUAGAGGUACUAAAGUUUCUACACGACAAAGGAUUCCCUUAUGGGCAUCUUCACGCCUCUAAUGUGAUGCUAGAUGGGGACACUUGCCGGCUGCUAGACCUUGAGAAUUCCUUAUUGGGCCUUCCUUCCUUCUACCGAUCUUAUUUCUCACAAUUCAGGAAAAUCAAUACGUUGGAAAGUGUGGACGUCCACUGCUUUGGCCACUUACUGUAUGAAAUGACCUAUGGACGACCUCCAGACUCGGUGCCUGUAGACUCUUUCCCUCCUGCCCCGUCUAUGGCUGUGGUGGCCGUGUUGGAGUCUACGCUGUCUUGUGAAGCCUGUAAAAAUGGCAUGCCUACCGUCUCCCGGCUCUUACAGAUGCCAUUAUUCAGUGAUGUUUCACUAACCACUUCUGAAAAGCCACAGUUUAAGAUCCCCACAAAGUUAAAAGAAGCAUUGAGAAUUGCCAAAGAAUGUAUAGAAAAGAGACUAACUGAAGAACAGAAACAGAUUCACCAGCAUCGAAGACUGACAAGAGCUCAGUCUCACCAUGGAUCUGAAGAAGAAAGAAAAAAGAGAAAGAUUUUAGCUCGAAAGAAGUCAAAACGAUCUGCUGUUGAAAAUAAUGAGGAACAUCCAGCAAAAUAUAACAACUCCUAUAAUUCAGCAGGAUCUGGGGCCAGCUCACCUCUCACAUCCCCGUCAUCGCCAACUCCACCCUCUACAGCAGGGAUUUCCACGUUACCUCCACCUCCUCCACCUCCGCCUCCACCACCAGCAGCUCCCUUGCCUCCUUCGAGCACAGAGGUGCCCACACAGCUCCAGCCUCAGGCUGUGAAUGGCGUGAGCCGGGGGGCCUUACUCAGCUCCAUCCAGAAUUUCCAAAAAGGAACUUUGAGGAAAGCUGAAACCUGUGAUCAUAGUGCUCCUAAGAUUGGCUAAAGCUUCAUGUUUACACUUGGAGGGAGUUUUUUUUUUUUUUGUUUUCUAUUUUCCUGCCCACCUCCAACCACUGAAGGACUCUCCUGUAUGAGUUAAUUGCUGAGCCAGUAGAGAUACAUACUAUUUUGCAGAUGCUCAUGUAAAGGGCUUUUCAGGAGGGAAAUAUUCUUCAAGUAGAUUAAAAUCAGGCUGGCAUUGCUGCCUGAAGGAAUAGUUUGCUGCUUUAUUACUAUUUUAAAGGAGUCAUUCAUCCCCUAAUGGGCAUCUUUUGGAGGAAGCAGCAUAUCAGAAUCAAAUAUUUCUACCAGUUGAAGGAAAUGGACAAAAACAAUGACAAUAUACAGUCACAGCAGCGAAUGGCCUGUGUUGCAACCCUUCCUAUCCCAUCAGACAACUAGAAACAUUCCUCUCCUAGUUUAUUUCUCUAAGGCACUUUCUGGUUAUUUCUUAGAUUCUAACUUACAUUUUUGCUACCUUAAUUUCAUCUUAGACAUUAACACUGUAGCCCAAAGCAUAGUUACAUCGCUGAGUCAGAGAAGCAACUGAGUUCUUCAUUUUCCUCUCAUAGAAUACUGUUGUGGUUAUAGAACUCAGGGCUGCUAAAGCAACUACUCUGGACUCCUAUAGUUCCUGAUAGUUAGAAUGUAUUGAACAAAAAAAUGUUAACAUCAGAAAAUGCUCUUGCCAAUUACAGGAUCUUAUUACUCCUCAGCAAUUAAGUUUGUGGUUUGUGGGGAAUUAUUGUUACAACACAAGCGAGUUUGGCAUUUAUAGAAUUCUGAUUUUUGAAAGAUUUAUUCAAAUACAUCAUCUUUAAAUGUUACUCAUUUAUUAGAAAGAUCCCUUAUCCUAUGAUUUGCUUAAAUCCUUAAAUAAAUUGCACUUUAAAGGAUUAUAAGUAAUCCAUUUAAAAAUUCAGAUAUACACGUCAGUGUUGGUUACUAUGCAGAGAAAAUGUCCUUGUCUCUAGUUUCAUGUAAUCUGUGAUAAAUAUGUUCAGCUGUAUUUUUUAUUAAAAUAAACCAUGUCAAGAAAAUAGA